AUGAGUCUUUUUGAUACAUUGAAUGAUACAACUAAUGGCUUUGGCAACUUCUUGGAGAGGGAGAUCAACAGAUCUGUCAACAGUGUUGUACUAAAGUUGAGAACUGCUGUAUCAAAGGAUAAGAAUAGAUUCAUAAAUGAUCAAUUCAAUCUUGAUCUUACCUACAUUACAACAAGGAUCAUCGCAAUGGGAUAUCCAACAUCAGAUUCUUUGGAAUCAAGUUGGCGUAAUCCAAGAGAUGAGGUCAAGAGAUUCCUUGACACAUAUCAUCCAGAGAAAUACUUGAUACUUAAUCUCACUGAGAAGGCAUACGAUCAUGCCUACUUUGACAACAGAGUCCAACACCUUGGUUGGUUCGAUCAUCACUCUCCCAGUGUUGGCCUGCUCCUCUAUGCAGUCCAAAUAAUUCAUCAAUGGCUUUCCCAAGAUCCAGGCAAUGUCAUUGCCAUUCAUUGUGCAGCUGGAAGAGGAAGAACAGGAACAUUGAUAUGUUCAUACCUUGUAUCAACUAUAAUGUAUGAGGGACAGUUGGAUGCAGCGAUCAACUUGUUUGCCAAACAAAGAUCAUCCAUUGGUGAGGGCAUCACUGUGCCAUCACAGCUAAGAUAUGUCGAGUAUGUCAACAGAUUGUCGACAAGACAGGUGGACAUAUCACUGGCACAGACGCCCAAAGUGAUGACGAUGAACGCUCUCGUGAUGAAGCCGAUUCCAAACUCUGCCAAAGGUUGGAAGCCAGUGUUAGAGGUCUACUCUGUAAAUAUGCCAUUGAGCCCCGUGCUCCUGUUCUCCAACAGGACAAUGCCACCCGAGCAGAUCCCCACAUACACACCACAGGCCAACCCAGCAGCAUUCAUCAGUCUGAACAACAUUGUGAUCAGUGGUGACAUCCUUGUAAAGGUCUACGAUAUGAAUGGUAUAAUCUCCACCAUAUUAGACAAGCCAACGUUUAGAUUCGCCUUCCACACAUCAUUCAUCAAUGGAUUCUGUCUUGAUUUGCCAAAGAAUCAAUUGGACGAGACCAAUGGAGCAUUCAAGGCCACUCAAUUCCCUCCAGACUUCUCCAUUAGAGUAAUGUUUGGUGAUGUUCCAGCCAACCAUGUACAUAUUCAAGCAUCAUCAUCAUCACAGAGUCAACAACAAAUUCCUCUUCCUCCUCCUCCACAGGCCUCGAAUUCGCCACAAUCACCACCAUCGAUGAUAACAAAUGGUUCAAAUGAUCCAAAUGCCAUCGACUCUGACUACUCCAUUCUA